AGAGCACGCGAGGUUUCUUUAGAUAGGAGUCGCACUGUGCACGAGCCGCUUGCGGCGAGUGCCCAGUGUGCUCCAUCUGAAGAAACCGAGCUUUCUCUGCAUUUACUUUUACGCACGACAGAGCAAGUGCAUUAUUUGUUUUAUAAAAUAGCAACACAGAAACAAUUUUUUAAAAAGUUACAGUACAGUUUUGUUGGACUUUACCGCACUGGUUUGCUCGAGCGUGCAAUGUCAAUUUUCGUUGCACACCUUUUGCACUCCCGUGCAGUGCACAAAAAAAGUUGGAUGUCAUGUGACGCGUAUUGACCAAUCGCGAUGCUUGAAAUAAUACAGCUAUUUUAUAAUUACUAGUAUACAUCUCUAUGGCCGCGCCCGACUAUGCCUACAUAUUUGCGCCAGUGACUGCGCUGCUGCUGUACCAAGUACCAUGUGCAUGUGCUGCCCGCAUGUUACACUGCAUUUGCAUAGAGGCUUCUGUCUGACUGCCUUCUGAUCCCACUUGUGGUUCGUGCAUGGCGGCUUCGCUUUUGAUAAAUCAUGGAAUUAAACGUUGUCACAUUAAAUUGCUGGGGUCUCCCAUUCGGCAUCAGUAAACACAAGAGAGAGCGGAUGCAACACAUCGCCAAAGAAUUAGCUACAGGAGCUUAUGAUAUUGUAUCACUUCAAGAGAUCUGGGUCCUGAAGGAUUAUGAACACAUAAAGUCAACAGUUAAAAAUGUUCUACCAUACAGCUUCUACUUUAGAAUGGGCUUGCAGAACGGCGGGCUCUGCUUGUUUUCAAAAUGGCCGAUCGUUGACACGUUCUAUCACCCCUACUCGCUGAAUGGAUAUGCCCAUCAAGUUUUUAUGGGUGACUGGUAUUCCGCUAAAAUGGUGGCGCUGUGCAAGAUAGAAGUCGAAGGGAUGGCCAUAAAUGUUUAUAAUACCCAUGCCCAUGCUCUUUACGCUCCGUCCAACAUCCCUGAAAAAGACGACUUCCUGACGCAUCGAUUGACCCAGCUGUAUGAGCUCAGCGAGUUUGUGAGAUUAACAUCCGGGGGAUCCGACCUUGUGCUUGUGAUGGGCGAUUUUAAUUCAGAGCCGUUCUCUCUAGCUACCAAGCUUGCUCUCUCAAAUUCUGGAUUACUGGAUGCCUGGGAGACAAGGGAUAAUAAAGAGUACACAGAUGGAAUGACAAUAGAAAGACUGGACAAUGUUCUUGUGAAAGGACAGGCUCAUUGCUAUAUGAACACUGAUGAUGGAGAAAGGAUAGACUACAAUCUCUACCAGUCUAACGGUCCCUACACAGCCAGGUGCCUUAAAACCACUCUCACCAUGCGGAAGAUUCCGGGUUCAGAUUUACCUUAUUCAGACCAUGAGGGCGUUCUGUCGACCAUAUGUGUCACACGGUUAAAAGACAACCAAGGUCAAGGGGAUGAAAAAUCAAAUGAGGAUGAUGAUGGGUCGCCACGGCAACAACUUCCGGAACUCUUGAAAGAGGCCAUCUUGGUUCUUUCAAAGAACAUUGAGAAGGUCAAAUCAGAUCAGAUGUGGUCUCGUCUUAAGGCUCUCUUCUGUUUCUUCCUUCUCCUGCUCUCUGUGUCGCUGGGGGGCGUCAGUCCGGUCCUGGCUUUCAUCUGGACGUGCGGUUUGACGCUGAUAACCGCUUUCUUUUUCUGCUUUGGAUUCAUCGUUGAGGAAUGCGAGAAGAAGACGGUAACGGGUAUCAUGGAAAGCAUGAAAGUUCGAUUAUGCGUGGUUGAGAAAAGGAUAAGGGUAAAUGGGAAGUAGGAGGAAGAUAAUGUAUUUUUCAUGUAUCUGUCAUUACACCUAUUUAUUUGGUUUUUGUUUGUCUAGUUGUGAUUGAUCCGUCCCAUGGAUAGGAUGUUAAAUGGAGAGUCGCCACCUUUGCCAAUCAGUUAUAUAGGGAGGAGAAACCUGCGGGUCAUAGUGAUGCCAAACAAAUAAUAUGUUUUGCCUUCUAGCUUUAGAUCUUAUUUGGGGGGGAGGCAUUGUGUAGUAAAAUCUUUUCUCUUGAUUAAUAUCACGACUUUGGUUUAAAACAGAAUGAAUCUUAAUGAUUAUUACCAGGUUUCUCAGAGAUUACCUGAAGCUAUUUGACCUCUUGCUUAUCAACAAGCAUUCAUGCUUUCUUAGGAAUCAGUAAAAGAAGAAAUACUCAAGAAAGAUCCAGCCCAAUAAGUUAAUACCAAACAUUAAAAACAUUUUAAUAAAAAUGUAGGAUAUGACAGCUUUCAAUAAAUAUGUGAUGGAUAGAUUUAUUGAAAAUAUGUAACAUUAUUCAACAUGAAUAACCAUUUCUUUCAAUACACACUAAAAUUUCCAUGACCAUUUGGGGUCCCAAGAUAUCGUCCCCCUCCCAUAUCAAAAUUCACUUGCACCACUUUCAUAAACAUCUUGUUGGAUACUGUAACAAAAUAAAACAAAAUUUCACAAUCAUUUUUGCAAUGGAGUUGCUUCUGUACCAUUCAGAAGUAAAAGAAUAGUUAUAUUGCAUGGUGCUCAGGAACUUCAAUGUAGCCUAUGUAGACACCUGAUUGCAGUGGGAAUUCCUGGUGAAUUCUUGUGACGACACAGGACGGUAUGACUUUUCGGACACCCCUUCCAAGGUAUCCAUGCACUAGGUAGGUAAAAAGCCUAUAGCUUGCAUAGAUGGGCAAGAAGGGUCAGGGGCCACCAUGGUGUCGUACUUCCUUUGGUCUAUCUGGUCCUCUGACUUCUGCCAUCUUCUGCGAUACCUGCAUUAUGUAUUGAGUUUCUUGGUCACCUAGUCUCGGGCUUCCCAAUGUAGGCAUUUGCCUCACGUUUGUGUUGCAUGAUGCCAUGGAUUCUAUGACGGGAUGAUUCUCCUCUCCACAUCGUCUCCUUCUACUCUUGUGAAUCUGCAAAAUGUGAAAUAAAUUGGUUUUUUGGGGCUGGUGAAGCUCCCAUAUUGUCCAAACCGUGUAAAAAUCACCUUUUUUUAAUUGACUUUUUUAAAUUAAAAAUUUGUCUAUUUUUUAUUUCUUUGAAUUUUUGGAAAAAGGUUUCGAAUUGUCAAUAAGGUAAUAAAUAAAUACAUUAAAAAAAAAAAUCCCAUAGGUCUUGUACACGGAUUCGACCGCGUGGAUGAUUCGUCUCUUGAUGCAGUCUCCUUCCACUUUGGUGAAUCUGUUACAGGUAACAUAUGGAAGAUAAGUAUAUAUAAUUUUACGGGUAAAUCAGUAUUUGAUUGAUAUUACUAAAAAAAUUAGAAAAGUAAUGCAACUCGUGCAUGUAUUGUAUUUGACUACCGUUAAUUUUAUACAACUCAAUUUUCAAUUCAAUUUCAAUUUGGUAAUGAUAGUUUUAAACGAAUGCGUCAACUUAGAUAGACCUCAUGCUCCGACUAAGAAUGCACAGGUGAAUACCCUAUGGUAAACACCCUAGGGCACAUACACCCUAGGGUAUUAACCGCAGGCAUAUGCCCUCGUUCGCUCCACUCAAUAUCGAAAUACUACAUGCCGUAUAGGCUCCUCCUCAAUAAUACCUUUUUAAUAACUCACAAAGUACUCGCCUAUUCCCUCUUGUCCUGGGAAAGAUGUCUACCUGUAGGCGAUCUCUAGCUAGAUCUUUGAUUAGUUGGUUUGUGUUCUCGCCAUCUCGCUCCUGGGCUCUAUGGAUGACAAGGCAACCUCACAAUUCCUUUAGUUGAUCGUUGCAUUCCCUUACCUCUGACUGUAGCUUUUGAGCCUCAAUAUAAUGCCUUCCCUCAUAUAAAUGGAUGAACAAUCAGUCAAUUUCUAGAGAUUACCUGCCCUUGAUUUAGAAAAAAACAAUACCAUUACCAACUUCAUAUAAUUAUAGAGAUGUAACAGUCUCUUGCCCCAUGGGUAUUGUUACAUGAAGAUAUUGAUAAUGGGUAUGCGAUCAUGGGUACCAAUGUAUUUCUGUAUUUCAUCUCGAAGUACAAUGAAAGGCCAGAGAUUUUUUUUUAUUUUUUUUAUCCAAUUAUUUUGCUUCAGUUUUUAUGAAGUUUUUAGGCAUCUAUAUAUACGUACAUAAAAAAGGGAACAAUAUUAUGUCAAUGGACAAUAGCCAGCUUGGCCAUGGAUUACGUGUUACAUUUCGGGUUUAUUUCGGAAUUAUUGUUAUCUGAAUUUCAAUUUCACUCGGUAUGCACUAUGCAGAAUAAGACAUUCAUUUAUAUAUGGCCCCUCUCUUCAUUAAUCCAACUUACUUGUUAUCAAGUUCUUGGUUUGGGGCUCCUCCUGGAACAUGUGGACGGGCUCUAUGUCCUCGAAUGUCCCUCCGAGCAAUGUUGAACACGCAAUACUGCUCUUGUCAGACACACUCUGACAAAAUCUUCAUGGUCUCUUACACAUCCAUGAGCUUGAAGGUCAAGGCACCUUGUUAUUCCCUGCUGCAAAUACAUUCAAUAGCUGUGGGCAUUACAACACAGUUGCCACAGCCACACCACUCGUUGUUGGCAAGCCUUGCCUCUGCCUGGGCCUGGGCGAUCCGCUCUGGAUCAGAAUAAGACAUUCAUUUAUAUAUGGCCCCUCUCUUCAUAAAUCCAACUUACGUUUUAUCAAGUUCUUAGUUUGGGACUCCUCCUCGAACAUGUGGAUGGGCUCUAUGUCCUUGAACGUCCCUCCGAGCAAUAUUGAACACGCAAUUCUGCUCUUGUCAGACACACUCUGACAAAAUCUUCAUGGUCUCUUACGCAUCCAUGAGCUUGAAGGUCGAGGCACCUUGUUAUUUCCUUGCAGCAAAUGCAUUCUAUAGCUGCCUGCAUCACAAAACAGUAAUUGCCACACCAAUCAUUAUUGGCAAGCUUUGCCUUUCUGGGCCUGGGUGAUCCGCUCUGGAUCAGGGUCUGCGGCGGCAGGGUCUCCAUCUCCUACGACAGGUGCGUCUUUCACGUGCCAUUCGGAUGGAACGCGAAUCCAUUUUGUCCAGACAUUGGUCACUGCAUCCUAGAUAUAAAAUAAGAAAAUUCCAGAUCUCUAAUUUCAGUGAAUAUACUGGAAAAUGAUAAAUAGGCGGUCGAAAAUCGAUGUCGCAAGUUAAUUUGGUUAACAGCAACAAAAUUGACUGAUAAAUUCAGGAAUAGGUUCUAUAUAGAUACCUUGUAAUAUAAUUUGAUGUAGUUUUAUUGCUGCCACCAACAAAGUCAUUUAGCACUACUAAAAUGCAUAAAAUGAAUUAUAUAAUGGUAACGUAUUGAGAAUCGUUCCACCAAUGAAUUUAACACAGAAUUGAUUUUAAUCAAAUUAAAUAGAAUUAAUUUUAAUUCUACUUGCAUGUGCAUGUACGUACAUGUACGCACGUGAAGUACGCACAUUUAGGUACAUGUACAUGGAACCAUUCUUUAGUUUUAGCCAAUAAUUAGUCGUGUACAAUUAGAAUUUAAUAGAAUUCAAUUAAAUUGAAUUUAAUAGUCUGGUCACCCUGGGUGAACAUAAUAUUUCGUUCCAAUGAUUAGAAGAUUUUGACACAAACUUGUUGAGUGGGAUGGCAGGCAAAUUUGUAAAUGAGUGAACAACCUAAGAUGUUAAGCCACCAUGAGUCUGGAAGUAUAUAGGUUCUUAGCUGAUAGCGGAGGGAGUCAGCUUUCGGAACGACCUCCAGUACCUGGAGAAGAGACUGAGGAUAGAGGUAGUGUAUCGUCAUGUGUUAAAAGUGGGAAGCAAAGUGACCAGUCAGCAGGUACUCCAAGACGGUCAAAUUUGAAGGAUGCCGCUAUUAAACGGGUGUGAGAGUUCAGAUUUUUAUCUGAUUUCAGAUUUUUUUGUUUUGAUUUUCAGCUUAAUUUCAGCUUAUUUUUGGCCUUCCUCUGUACAAAAGUAUGGGAGCUCUUUCUAUUUCAGACUUUUUCAACACUCUUCAGCUUUUUUCAGAUCUUUUUAUUUGUGACCACUCACACCCCUGAUUAAAGGAGGAAUGUUGGAAGGGGCACCACUUGGUUUCGAACCACAAGGUUCUGUGACGCCGCCGCCGCAUCUGUGACGCUGCUGUACACAAGAUGGACAGAAUCCUUGCAUGUAUUGCUUUCGGACGAGGAUGGGAUUCAGCUUUUCAAACACUAUCUUAUUCAGGAAGGUGCAGAGAACCCUCUGCUAUUCUGGCUUGCCACGCACGGAUUCAAGAAGAAGUCUGAUAGUGAUCCUGUCAGAACUGAUCUUGCGAAACUAAUUUAUAGAAGAUUUAUUAAGAAAGAUGGACAACAGGUCGUAAGACUGCAUGGCUCGACAAGGAGUCAUGUAGCAGAGUCAAUAAGAACUAACAAAGUAGACAGUGAUCUGUUUGAUGCAUCACAGAUGGAAGUAGAGGAAUACAUGCGGGAGACAUCCUAUCCUAUAUUCCUCAAGUCAGAUGUUUAUGUGCAAUAUGUGAAUAACGGUGGGGUUAGUCCUAAGAGUUCUGAAGGAUGCUCCAGUAAUGGUAGUAAUGGUCAUCCUGCACAGGCAGGAUACUUACCAACUUUGCCUGACGAUUCUGAACUUUCAGACCUUCCACAAGCGGGGUCUCUCACAGCAGAUCUCUUGUUGAGGAGUAGUCAUCACAGGCAUAAUACAGAUAGAUAUCAGGACAGGUUAUACCCUGGAUUAUUACGUAGUUACAAUCCAUAUCACCCAGGCUGUGCAGCCGUAGCUCCUGCAACAUCAAACAAUGAUUCUGAAUUACAAUCUCUCAGCAGUGAUGCUAUCUCAGAUGACACCAUGUCUCUAACAGAUUCCAAUGUGGAUGGUUUUCCAGUAAGGUCGAGACAGCAACAGAAGAGGAGACAAAAGCGUAAUAUGAAAUAUAAUAUCAGAUAGAAUGGAAAAGUAAUGACACAUCUUCCUUGUCCGCGUGCUCAUCCUAGAGAAUUACCACCAACAGACCUGGUUGAAUUCGCAAAGAAGUUAACUGAGAAGUUAGAGAAGGUUCUUCUAGAAAGGGAAGAUAUAGAACGACUUGCUGCCAAAUUACACAAAGUUGAGGAAGAGGAACCUGAGUGUAAAACACUAGCAUCAAUGACCGUGAGGGCUCCUGGCAAGCAAAUAUUCCCCAUCCAUGAUUUUGUGGAGGAUGACCCUAAUAGUAUUCUGGAGGACCAUUAUGUCUAGGGUGUUCAGAGACUCUCUCUUAAAUUUCAAAACCCACCAUCUAUGCCCAACGAUAGAAAACGUGGUCUGCUUGCACCUUCAAAAAAUGGUCUGCUACGGCGACAGACUCCUUAUUCACCAGAGUUUGCUCAUGAUUUGGCCAAACCAUACCAUAAACUUAGUAAUAUGCUGUUCUAUUUUUAUAAGCCUUUAUGAAACUAUUUAACAAGUGGAACUCUGAAUUAUAAUUUUAAGAAAUUAAUUGCCUACUUAAAUUGUUCGUGUCUGCACAAGGCAUUGGCGACAUUGUGGACACACCAGGACACGCUGUCUCUGUGUAUGCCUUGAAUAGUGGUUACAUUGUCCAGCACUGCCCAUGUCGCGAAAAAGUUGAGUACUAUUAACACUUGAAGACUGGCAGGAAGUGGGUAAUUACGGUCUUUGGGAUGUUCCUAACCCUUGCCUACCAUAUCAGUUAUGGCAAGAGCGCCUUGCCCAGAAAAUCUUUAUCUCUAGAACAUCACUUUAUCGCUGAAGGCAUCAAGAGGUGAAGCCUGUCUCUAAAGACCCUGCCUACAUGCGGAACUCUCUCCUCUUCCUCCUCUAACUCUGCAAUGUAGGAAGUCAUCUUUGUUGUCAGGGAGCUUACAAUAUGUUUCUGUCUUAAUUUUAAUCACAACAUAAAUUUAUAUCAAUCUAAUGGAUUUAUGUCCUGAUCUGAUGUCUUGAGUUAUAAAUUCUUUCUUUAAAUUCCACGGUGCUCUUAUGAAUGAUAUCCCGAGUCCGUGCUAAUAUUCAUCUUUGUUCAUUUUCCAUGACCUUCUUACAGUUGCAAUUACCGCAUAUGUGAGAGGUGUUGAGUUCAGAUGAACCCUCCCAAGUCAUAGCCACCCUUGUCAUCAGCAUAAGCCAUUGGGCAUGCCUUGUCUUUUUGCUGCUGCCUGGGAUGUUAACAUCGACCAAGCCGUAUCCAUUCUUGAUCCGUCCUUUUAAUGGCCAACAUACUGACGGCUCCUCUUUACUUUUGUCUGUCAUGCUGUCUAUAUUUCCCACAAAUCAGGAACACCAUUCCUCUACUGGAUCUGCCAUUUUGACUAACAUUAACAAGUUAACAGAACUUUAGCUUAGGCCUAACAUUCGAUCUAACAUUAAAUAAUACAAGAUUUGAAUCACUCUAUUUGUGUUAUUAUGUUUGGAUUAUUUGUGUAAUUAUGUUAUGAUUAUUUAUGUUCAGUUUAAUAAUUUUGUAGAGUCUAUGCCUAAAAUAUAGAUACUCAACUCUCUCUUACUUCUUAGGAAGUCGGGCUGAUAUAAUGCAAGGGGGCUCGUGGGAUUGGCAAGCUUUCAAAUUAUGGCAAAUUAGAUGCUUUUCAUGGCUCUCAAACCCUAAAUGGCUUGGCCUCAUACAGAUACGAUUACCAUAUAGGUGAGAGGCGUGGAGCUCAGAUAAAACCUCCCAAGUCAUAGCCACCCUUGUCAUCGGCACAAGCCGUUGGGCAUGCCUUGUUAUCUUUUUGCAGCUGCCUGGGAUGUUGACAUCCACUAGUCCAUAUCUAUUCUUUGUCUGCCCCUUAAAUGGCCAACAUGCCCAUAGCUCAUUUCCCCUUUUUUCUGUUUUACUGUCUAAAAUUUCAGAAGAUAUCAAACACCAUUCCUGUGGAUCAGCCAUUGUGUAAUAACAGUUAGUACAAUAGCUGGCCUACAUGGCCUAGCGUUUACUAGAUCAUCAUAGGGCAUGCCUUGUUGUCUUUUGGCAGCUGCCUAUUAUGUUAACAUCGACUAAGCCAUUUCCAUUCUUUGUCCGCCCUUUAAAUGGCCAACAUACUGAUGGCUCCUCUCCCCUUUCGUAUAUGUAUGUCAUGCUGUCUAUAUUUUCCAAAAAUUUGGAAUACCUUUCCUGUACUUGAUCUGGAACUAAUACUACCAUUUUUACUAUAAAGGCCUACAUGUAUUAAUAGUAACAUUGAAUUGAAUUGAAGGAAAUUCAAUUUAAUUUAAAAAUUGUAAUGUAAUUUGAUU